AUGCUGUUGGAGCGAGUUCUCCGAAAUGAGCUGGCCAUGGAACAAACGCUUAAAGACAUAAAGGAAACUGAUACAAAGAUUGUGGGUUCAUUGAAGAAGCUUCACGAUGAAAACAAUAAAUGCAACAUUGCUAUUGAAGCAAUGGAACGGAAGCAGAUUGUUAUGGAAGCGAAGUUGGAUUAUUCGAUAAAAAUAGCACUGACCAACGUGUCUGAAUCUCUGACUAAUAUCCUGACUGAAUCAGGACGGUCGAUUAAAGACAUGGAAGGCAGAUUCGCUCUUAUUAAAGGAAUAGUGCAGCCCCCCACAAUACAGUUUCGUGCCCAGCUCGCCUCCGGUGUAACUGUCAAAACUGUUGCAGUGUUUACACAAGUGGAGGUCAACGAAGGUGAAGGCUAUGACAAAGGAACAGGAAAGUUCACCGCCUCUGUUGCCGGUCUAUACAUCUUUGCCGUACACUAUUGCAGUCAGGUUGACGAAUGGCUUUAUCCGGAGAUUGUACAUAACGACAAGACUCUACAGAGGUUGGUUCAGUACGGGGCUGGUAGAGCAACGCCAUGCACUUCACUGCAGGCCUUUGUCAUCUAG